AUAAUAUGACAACCGUCAUAAUAUGAGCUACUUGUACUGUGUUUUUAAUCAAUUCGUUAUUGCGUUAGGAUUCAGCUAAGGGCUACUUAUAUAUCCACUUGUGUGUUAUAAAAGGGAAAAAUAUAUAUAUCAUCUAUGGGGGAUGAGACUGACACUCUUUUUUUUUUUUUUUCCCCACGUUUCUGUAACCGUGGUUAUAAGUGUCCACUGACUUUGUUAUUAAAUUUGUUGAUGGAAAAAUUAAGGCAGAUUUGAGAAGCUGGGUUCUAGGUGAUGGUAUCUGCAAAAUUUGUACAGUCAUUUACUAUUGGCAAUAUUACUGUAAGCUAUUGGGAACAUGAAAACACAGAAGCAUAGCGUCUCACAAAGAAAACGUUAACAGACUACCAAAGAAACUUCAGAGUUCCAAAGCGAAUGAAUAAUUAUUUUCAGAAUGUAUAUGAUAAUUCAGAAUAGAGUAAUUCCUGCUGAAAACUGGAAGACUGUUCCUCAUUCUUGGAGGCAGGUGGGAAAGAUGACCUAAGCCCAGAAAGAGAAAACAGGCAAAUUUUUUUGUUUGUUUUCCUUUGGGGCUUAUGUUUCUGAAUUUGUUACUAUUCAAUUCUAGCAAAGCAGUUUUAUGGCAGGGGGAUUCUAAAACAUUUCUGGGUAUUAUUUAAUAAAAUUCUCUUGAACCAUGGUGUAGCUAAUAAAGGUGAAAGAAUAAUUUGCAGAGAAUUGUACAGUUUGUCUUUUGGCUGUUGCCCUCCAGAAUCUUGGUAGUUAAAAAAAAAAAUCUGCCCAUUCCUUUUCACCUUCUCAGAAUAGCCAUCUUCCCUUGAGGUUUUGUUUAACUUUCUUUGAAACUUUGCAGUCUGGUUACUUCCAUUUCUCUCAACCUUUAUGUGCUAGAUGGACUCUGUCCCAGCUUUUUCUUCAACACAAGUGCUAAUGCCAACAUAAGGAGGGCUGUCUUGUUUAUCCAGCGCAUUUUGUGUUCUUGAAACUUACACAGUUGUGAACUGUAAAUUGUUCUAUCUGUACUUGCAGGUAAGUAUAUUUCAUUUGAAGUCUCCCAUUUGCUCUUUGAAUCUCUGAGCUCUGAUAGAUUAUAUCAUAUUCAUAACUUGAUAGCUUAUGAAUACAGAAAAUUGACUUUGUAUCAGAGUGCCCAGUAUCAAAGCAGCUGUUAAUUGCUUUUUAGCCUUUCCAGGCACUGAAAAGGAUAAACGCUGAUUCCUGGGAGCUCAUUUGCUCAGUAUCUGAAAUUGGUAUUUAUAGCUGGUCUGCCAUAGUCCCUGCUCUUCUCCAUUACAGUUCUGCUACUGCUUAUGUGGCUGCAGGAAUUAGCUCUGGGAGCUUGUUAUGGCAAAGAUUAUACCAAAUGUACUCACUUUAUAAGACUGAUCAGUUACUGAAUGAGUGUGGUAUGUAGGAUGCACGUGAGCAAGGACUAGAAAUAUCUGAAGGGACCCUAGAGCCCCAUUUUAGGGGGUUGAGUUUUUUGUUCUCUCGCAGCAAUGGAAUUCUUAGCACUCAAAAAAGGUGAGCAGGAGUUUGCUUAAGCUAGCAUCUGGAAGAUGAAAGAGGAUAGGGGCUGGGAGAGCUGGGGCUCCUCUGGGGAAAAGAGAAGGCUGCAAGGUGACCUGAUAAUGGCUUUCCAGUAUCUAAAGGGAAACUACAGGAAAGAAAGAGGCUAGCAGCAUCUGUGGUGACAGACCAAGGGGAAGUGGUUUUAGGCUCAGAGAGUAGAUUUAGGUUAGAUAAGCCUUCUACAGUAAAGGGUGGUGAGGCACUGGAACAGACUGCCCUGUAAUGUGGUUGAUGCCCUGUCUCUGGAGACUUCAAAGGUGCGGCUGAAUCAGGCUCUGGGCAACCUGGUCUUGCUGUAGUGUUUCUGUUUGUUGCAGGGGUGUUAGACUAGCAGGCCAUUAGAGGUCCCUUCCAGCUCUGAGGAUUGUAUGAUGAUGACAGGACAACAGCGCUAAUGGGAGAUCCUUUACUAUUCUAUCCUGUUAUAGUCUUCCUUAUUAAGUUGUGAUAAGUAAGACUUAUGAGAGUAACAGUAUAUGAGAUUAGAAAUGAUGAAUAGGUCUGGUUCAGGAAAUAGAGAAAACAUUCUUCAUGUUUUUCUUCAGGACAGACCUGGGGGGAAAAAAAGUGCAAAACAGAACUUAGGAGAACCAUGUAAAUAAAAGAAACAGAUGGCCUGGCUGUAAGGGAGCUUUAAGAAAAAGUGUUUCUUAGAAGGCUACCUCUAAAGAUUCUUCCUUUAUCUUGCUUAACAACAGUAAAUAAAAACACCGCUGCAAAUCAACACCAGUAGUUCUGUGUAGCAGAACUGUGUAUAUAGUUGCCAGAGAGCAAUCUAAGCCCUGCUCAGUGAUGAGGCCCCAGAGGCGUGCAAAAAUGAGUUGGAUGUUAGGAAGUGUCUUAGGAAGUGUUAUUAGAAAAGUGAAGUUGUGGGUUAAAAUUUUUGCACGUGAACCAAAGUGGAAAUGUAGACAUUUGGGUUCCCAAGUAUGUAAGAGAAUAUAUUAGGAGGUUUUUUUGGUUUUUAGGAGGUGAUAUGUUGGGGGGAGUGAAAGCAAACAAAAUGCCUCUAGGUCUGUUUAACCAGCCAAGCAGCCUUUUCGUGGCAGCGACCUUGCGGUUCUCUCCUGGCUGCCUUGUCAGCAGCAGGCGAGGGGCACCGCGCCCGAGGCACAGAGGCCCCGGGUUGGCGGCGUCGCAGCAGAAAGCUGCAGGAGGAUCGCAGGGCCCUUCCUUGCCGUUGCGUCUGAGCCGCGGGCUGCGGGGAGGCCUCGGCCCCCCCAGUCGGUACCGCGCGGGGCGGGGCGGGCUGCCGGCCUGCCCCCGCCGGGCUGCUCCUCUGCCGGGGAUGCUCCGGAGUCGGGGUGGAUCGGCCCCUUCCCGGGCUCCUCCCGCUGCCGCGGCACCUCGGCCACGUCUGAAAGCGGCUCAUUGUCUCCGCAGGGAGCUCAAAUCCGCGGCGGUGCCGGGAGGCGGCGGGCAGCUUUUUUAAUUGCCUAGUGAGAAUGGCAAGGAUUCGGAUUUCUAGCACAAUCAUUACGCUUCUUGUUAUGGUCCAGACUGGAUUCCUACUCUUCAUGUAUGCUCGCUACAAUAGCUUCACUCCUCAUUCAGAAGAGAAAUCGUCUCAAGUCCACAUCCUCAUCCUCUCCUCUUGGAGGUCGGGAUCUUCUUUUGUCGGCCAGCUUUUCAGCCAGCACCCCAGUGUCUUCUACCUGAUGGAGCCUGCAUGGCAUGUAUGGGUUACAAUGUACCAGAACAGCGCCAAAGUCUUGCACAUGGCGGUGCGGGACCUGGUCAGGUCAGUCUUUCUCUGCGAUAUGUCUGUUUUUGAUGCCUAUAUGCCUUGGAAAAGAAACUUAUCUGACCUUUUCCAGUGGGCAGUGAGUCGGGCUCUGUGUUCAGCUCCCGCUUGUGACUCCUUUCAGCGUACUGACAUAACCAGUGAAAUGGCAUGCAAAACUCUUUGUGGACGGUACCCAUUCAGCAAGGUGGAAGAAGCCUGUAAAACUUACAGCCAUGUUGUCAUCAAGGAGGUUCGCUUCUUUGACCUGAAGGUCCUCUACCCACUUCUCACCGAUCCAUCCCUGAACCUCAAAAUAAUCCACUUGGUCCGUGACCCAAGGGCAGUUGUAAAGUCACGAGAACAAUCAGUCAAAGCAUUAGCCCGUGACAAUGGAAUUGUUCUGAGUACCAAUGGCACUAAAGUGGAAGACAGCAAAUAUAAAGUAAUGCAAGAGAUUUGUAGAAGUCACGUUCAGAUUUAUGAAACAGCAACUCUAAAACCACCUAGCUUCCUUAAAGAUCGCUAUCUAAUGAUUCGUUUUGAAGAUCUGGUGAGAGACCCAUUGUCAGAAAUUUCAGAAAUGUAUAAAUUUGCAGAUCUUAGUUUGACCCCCACACUUAAAAGUUGGGUCUAUAACAUCACACAUGGACAGGGAUCAGGAAAAAAAAAAGAAGCCUUCAAAAUCACAUCUCGAGAUGCAGUUAAUGUUUCCCAGGCCUGGAGAAAUGUUCUUUCAUUCCAGAAAAUUAAAAAAAUACAGGACGUUUGCAAAGGCGCUAUAAACAUGCUGGGCUAUCAGCUAGUGGAUUCAGAAAAAGAACAAAGAGAUCUGUCACUGGAUUUAGUGUUGCCAAGAAGACAAAAUCAAUUCAGUUGGUCAUCGUUCAACCCAAAGAACUAAGCCAUUACUUUGAGAGAUUAGGGAGGGGAAAAAGGGAGAGUGUAUCUAUCUGUUUUGCAGUGUAUAGGUAGUUUGAAAAUCCUUGGCUAAUGACUUUAAUUAUCUUCCUGCCUGCUGGUUCACAAAGUAAAGCUUUUUUUUUUUUCCCCCAAGCUUCUUACACCACAAAACAAAUAAACAAAAAAAAAAAUUGUGAAAAAUUCAGCAAGAUACUUGUGAGAUUGUAAAUUUGCAACUGUUUGUGCUUUUUUGAGUGUUGUUUUUAAAAUAUAAAUUCUUUCGAUAAAAGACAUCUUUGUUCAUUGAUAAUAGUUUUGUUCCAGUUUCAUACUUAAAAUAUUCAUUGUUUUUGAUUCAUAUAAAGGGAUCAAAAUACAAACUAAUUUGCCUUUUUUUUUUUCCCCCUAAGAAAUACUUGUCUUUUUUUCUUUUGCUUUAAAAUUGUUAUGCAGUUGUGUAUUUUUUUAGGCUUCUUUAAAUUUCAACAGCUGGAAUAACUGCAGUGGUUCUGUUGUAAAAGGCUCAAGGUUAUCUUAUUGAUAGUUUUCUUAGAGUUUUGCAGUGGCAGAUUUUGCAAUCAAAUAGUUAAACAGAGAUGUUGGCAAAGUGCAAAAAGCUUAGGAUGCAAAAAACAAGGCGAGAAAUCUUUGUUGGAGUUGCUGUGGAAAUAGCAUGUUAAUGCUGUCCCAAUUGUGUUUCAGUAUUGCAACACAGUAGGCACAUGUUUGAUUCCUGUGAGAAACACUCGAAGUCAAAAAUUUCAGUUGGGCAAGGAUCUUAGCGAUAGCGAUAGUGACAGAUUAUUCACUAUUACAGUAACGGCCGCACGCCACCUAUUGGCA